CCUACCUCCACUACCACCACAAAGCCUCCUCACAGCACCACCAGGCUUCCACCCUCCGUCGAGCUUUCUUACCCGAAAUCCGACCCGAAACACCUCUCAGGGGAGUACUACAAGUACAAUGGACGCCCAAUCCCUCAAACAGUACCUGGCCGACAGCCCGCCGACGAUCGUGCCUUUGCAAAUCAAACCCCACUUUGAAGCCCUGACCGACAAAGAGAAGCUAUAUGCGCAUUGGAUCUCCGUAGCUUGCUUCGCGGGUACCCGCAUCGUCCUCCGCCAAGUCUCCCCCGAAUCCGAACCCCUCUACGAUCUCAUAAUCGCACUUCAUAAACACACUUCUGGCGACUGGAAAGCGCUGCAGGAGACCGCUGGGCUAUCUGACGACGACCUCGCUGCGUUUUUAGGCUACACGGCGCAGUUUCUAGGGAAUCUGGGCAAUUACAAGUCUUUUGGCGACUCAAAAUUCAUUCCGCGGAUCUCGCCUGAGAAGUUCCAUGCGUUAGCUUCUGUAUCGCCGACGACGAAGGAGCUAUGGGCUAAGGUUCAGGGGAGGUUGUAUGAGGGCAACACGGCGGGCGAGAUGCAUCUAGGGUAUCCGGAUGCGGGGCACGUGAGCACGUAUUACCCUGAUUCGGGGGAUAUUACGAAAGAGGAGAUUGCGGUGGUUAGUGAUUUCCUGGAGGCGAAGAAACUAUUACCCGAGAACACGAGGUUAAGGAAGACGGGGGAGGGGUUCGAGGUACUGAUUGCGUCGGCGAGUAAAGAUCCGAGUGCGGAAGAGAGAGAUUUGAAAGAAAGUGAGUGGACGCUGGAUGGGAAGUUGGCGGGGAAGAAGGUGAAGCUUGUGUUUGGUGAUCAUGCAGUUGAGAUGGGGAAGAUUGCGGAUGCGCUGAAGAAGGCGGGAGAGUAUGCUGCGAAUGAUACGGAGAGGGGGAUGAUGAAAGAGUAUGUCAAGUCUUUCGCAUCUGGAUCGUUGGAGGCCUAUAAGGAGAGCCAGAGGUAUUGGAUUAAAGAUAUUGGGCCGGCAGUAGAGACGGAUAUCGGCUUCGUUGAGACAUACCGAGAUCCUCAUGGAAUUCGCGGUGAGUGGGAAGGUUUUGUGGCAACGGUAAACAAGGAGCGAACGGCGGCUUUCGGGAAGCUCGUUGAAACAGCUCCGAGUCUAAUUCCACUCCUACCAUGGGGCAAGGACUUCGAGAAAGACAAGUUCCUCAGUCCGGACUUCACCUCCUUAGAGGUUCUGACAUUUGCCGGAAGCGGAAUUCCCGCUGGUAUAAACAUCCCAAACUACGACGAUAUCCGACAAAAUAUUGGCUUCAAGAAUGUCUCCCUAGGCAACGUCCUAUCCGCCAAGUCCCCGAAUGAACCCAUUCCCUUCAUAAAAGCUUCGGAUUUAGACGUCUACAACCGCUGCCGUGACCCGGCCUUCGAAGUCCAAGUCGGCCUCCACGAACUCCUUGGCCACGGCUGUGGCAAACUCCUCCAAGAAACCUCCCCAGGCGUCUUCAACUUCGACAAGUCCUCCCCCCCCACGAGCCCCCUAGACGGCCAGCCCAUUAAGUCCUGGUACAAACCCGGGCAAACAUGGGGCUCUGUCUUCGGCCCCGUCGCCGCCUCCUACGAGGAAUGCCGCGCCGAGUGCGUCGCCAUGGCACUCAGCUGCGACUUCUCCAUCCUCAAGAUCUUUGGUUUCGGCGACGGCACUGAGGAUAUCGAUGGCGCCGCUGGGGAUAUUUUGUACGCGGCAUACCUCUCCAUGGCGCGCGCGGGUAUUGCUGCCCUCGAGUUCUGGGACCCCAAGAGCGCCAAAUGGGGCCAGGCGCACAUGCAAGCGCGCUUUUCUAUCUUACGGACUUUCCUCAAUGCCGGCGUUGAGUUCUGCGAGCUUGAGUACACAAAGGAGGAUCUAUCGGAUCUCACUAUCCGCCUCGAGCGCAGCAAGAUCCUGAGCCAUGGUCGCCCGGCGGUGGAAAAGUAUCUGCAGCAACUGCAUGUGUACAAGGCGACAGCGGAUGUAGAGAGUGGCACGAAGCUGUAUGAAGAGAUCACAGGGGUGGAGCCGUUCUAUAGAAACAAGGUGAGACCUGCGGUGUUGGCGGCGAAGACGCCACGGAAAGUAUUCGUCCAGGCGAAUACGGCGGUUGAGGGUGAGGGAGCAACCUUGAAGGAGUAUGAGCCUACUGCGGAGGGUAUGAUCCAGAGUUGGGUCGAUCGGGCAUAUGUGUAGAGUUAAUGGGAGGAACGGCGAAAGAUGGAGACUCUAAGAAAGCGAGGAGAGUCAUUGGUGGUUCUUUGUCUGCUUGGGAACCGGAUAUGGGCAUGAGCUUGCAGAGAUGAGGUGCAGCAAUCUCACAUACGCAUCUUCGCAUCGCACAAGGGGUUUCAUAGGAAGGCAUGAUAAAUAAAGACGGACAAAGUCCCAGGUCACCAAAGCUCAUCUUCUAUUCCUUUCUCCUCACAUGCUGGCGCUAUGCUUCUUUCCGAUUC